CCUUUGUCACGGGGUGGCGCCAGUUUAUCCGACACCGGAAGUUGCAUGUCGACUCAACUUUUUCUAAAAACAUGGAAGACGACGGUGUGGACCUUUCUGGUGAACAAGUUGAGAAGUUGAUUCACUUUCAGGACCUUACGAUGAUAGAGGAUUUGCAUCGCUGUAAAGUAAUUUUGGAGCGAUAUCAAUGGAAUAUAGAGUCAGCUGUCACAGACACACUAAACGAACGUGAUGUCGUGGAUGCCCAUUUUUCAACCCCGGUCCAACCGAAUAACACUGAACCUCGGAUGCCAAGCAUGAACUUAACACCCCGAGACCAACAUGUCUAUGUAACCACAUCAUCAGGCCCCCAAGGAGUAGUGCAAUGGAUGUCGUAUGCAUUCAUGCUUCCAUUUCGAUAUUUUUUCACCACAGUUUUCAAUAUUUUAAAAUUUGCAUACAGACUGUUUUGGCCAGACCCAAGACAAAAUGUUACUGAUCCAGUAGGAGAUGUUAUGGCUUUCAUUAAUAAAUUCAAAGACGAUUUUGGUAACACACAUCCUGUUUUCUAUCAGGGGUCAUAUAGCCAGGCAAUCAACGAUGCUAAGCGAGAACUAGAAACGUUAUGCAAUCCUAAUGUGGUUAACUUUAUCAAUUCCAAAGUGUUGUUUUGGGCAUGCAAUGUCAGCAGUCCCGAGGGAUACAGAGUCUCUCGGACCAUCCGUGUUAUUAAGUAUCCUUUCCUGUCCCUUAUUGUCUUACGUGAGAACAACAGUAUGACUGUUGUGGCUCGGAUUGAAGGAUUGGUAGACUCACAAGAAUUAAUCCGUAGACUCCAAAGAGCCAUUGAAGUCAAUGAACAAGCUGUUACAUCAAUACGACGAGAACGAGAGCGACGCAACGCUGACAAGGAGUUAAGAGAGCAGCAAGACGAAGCUUACUAUGCUUCUCUGAAAGCUGAUCAGGAAAAGGAUAGAAAAAAGCAGGAAGCACAAAGAAUUAUUGAAGAACAGGAGCUGGAAAAACGUGAGCAGGCUGCUGCAUCUAACCGCCUGUUGAUGGAACUUGAAAAGGAGAAGGCUGAAGCCAGACUUUUAAUUCCACCUGAACCACCAGCCAAUGCUGAAGAUACUGUGAGGAUAAUACUGACGGUGCCAAGUGGUGCUCACCUGGAGAGACGGUUUAACAAACAUACAUCUUUAAAAUAUUUAUAUUACUUCAUCCUGUGUCACGAAAGCUGUCCAGAUGACUUCAAGGUAUUGAUGAAUUUCCCAAAGGGUGAGGUAUGCUGCAUUCCGACAAAGGGCGGACCCGAUCCGCCAACAUUUUCCGAGGUUGGCCUGGACAAGUCUGUACGUCUGUUCGUCCACGACAACCAAGCUUAGAGAGAGAGAGAGAGGAUGACAGAAAGAAAGAAAGGAAAAACAAGGACUAAGACAAAUCAAUUAUUAAAAAAAAAAAGAAAAACAAUUUUAAAAAA